AUGAGCAAUGGUACUUUGAAUGACAAUUCAGAAAAUAUUCAGAUUCCCGAUAGAUGUGUCGCGAAUAUUAACUCUGAUAUAGUUGCAGAUACAUAUGGUGAUAUGAUCAAAAACAAACAAUACAGAAUUGCGUCAAAACACGCCAUACUUUCCGGAAGAAAUAUUGAUGUUGAUGAGAUUAAUUGCAGAGUCAUUAAUUCACUUGAUGAAGAAACACAACAAAUUUACACCAGUAUAGAUAGUACAGAAACAACUAGCGACGAAGGAGGCAUCAAUCAUGAGGCCAUACUGACGGAAUAUUUGAAUACUUUGAAUCCUCCGAGCUUGCCACCUCAUGAAUUGCGAUUGAGAAAAUGCGCAGUGAUAAUGCUGAUAAUAAAUCUAAGCAUAAGUAAAGGUCUUUUCAAUGGUACUAGAUUGCUCGUAUUAGAAUCUUCUCACAACAUUUUGCGAUGUGAAGUUUUGACAGGCAGUAAAACGGGCGAAAUCGGUUAA